AUGGUUGGGUUCAAGCGCUUCGCCCUGCUCGCAGCGGCUACCAUUGGCUUCGCUGCUCCCACGGAGAAGCGUGCCGACUUCACAGUUCAGACCGUCCCUAACAGCUGGAUCAUCACCCUCAAAGAGGGCAUAGGUGCCCUUGACCUUGACAUCCACCUGGACUGGGUAGACCAGGUCCACUCCCGCAGUCUUGAUAAGCUCCUGUUCGGAGGCACUGAGCGAGCGUUUUCUUUCAGCAGAUUCCGCGGCUACGCUGGAAAGUUUGACGAUGUCACCAUUGAGCUUAUCAAGGCCAACCCUCUUGUUGCUGCCGUAGAACGAGAUCAGCUCUGGACACUCUCUGCCAUCACGACUCAGAACGGCGCGCCUUGGGGCCUAGGCACCGUUUCUCAUCGUGCCCCCGGUUCUACCUCUUACGUUUACAACGACGUCGGAGGCACCGGCACCUUUGCCUACGUCGUCGACUCUGGAAUUAACACCCUUCACUUCAACUUCGGCGGCCGUGCCUCUUUGGGCUACAACGCCGCCGGCGGGCUUCACAUCGAUACUCUCGGCCACGGUACCCAUGUUGCUGGAACCAUCGGUUCCAACACCUACGGAGUCGCCAAGAAGACCAGCUUGAUCUCCGUCAAGGUCUUUGCUGGCAACUCCGCCGCCACCUCCAUCAUUCUCGAUGGUUACAACUGGGCUGUCAACGAUAUCAUCAAUAAAGGCCGCCAGAACAAGUCCGUCAUCAACAUGUCACUUGGUGGCCCUUCUUCUCCCGUCUGGGCCGUCGCUGUAGACGCGGCCUACAACGCUGGCGUCGUCACUGUUGUUGCUGCCGGUAACGAGGGCCAAAACGCCGCCAACGUCUCUCCCGCCAAUGCUGCCAACGCUAUCACGGUGGGCGCUAUUGACAGCUCUUGGGUUAUUGCCUCGUUCUCCAACUUCGGCCCGAACCUCGACAUCUUUGCUCCUGGUGUCGCCAUCCUCUCGACCUGGAUCGGCGGCUUCACGGCGACCAACACCCUCUCAGGCACUUCCAUGGCCUCUCCCCACGUCGCUGGCCUCGUCAACUACCUCCAAUCUGUUGAGGGCCUGACCACCCCGGCGUCUAUCAUUGCCCGCAUCAAGGCUCUUGGUACCCCCAACAAGGUCAGCGGUAACCUCAACGGCAGCCCGAACCUGAUCGCCUACAACGGCAACGGUGCUUAA